AUGGGAGCCUACAAGUACCUCGAGGAACUCUGGAAGAAGAAGCAGUCUGACGUGCUGCGCUUCCUUCUUCGUGUGCGCACGUGGGAGUACAGACAGCUUCCCGCUGUCCACAGAUGCACGCAGAGCACUCGCCCCGACAAGGCGCGUCGUCUUGGCUACAAGAAGAAACAGGGCUUCGUGAUCUACCGUGUCCGCGUGAGAAGAGGAGACAGAAAGAAGCAAGUUCACAAGGGCAUUGUGUACGGAAAGCCGAAAAACCAGGGUGUUCGUAAGCAGAAGUCAUCUCGCAACUUGCGCGCCGUGGCGGAGGAGAAGGUUGGCCGAAAGAUCUGCGGAGGUCUGCGCGUGCUGAACAGCUACUGGGUGGGCCAGGAUGCCGUGUACAAGUACUACGAAGUGAUUUUGGUGGACCCGGCGCACAACGCGAUCCGCAACGAUCCACGCAUCAACUGGCUCUGCAAACCCGUGAUGAAGCACAGAGAGUGCAGAGGCCUCACCUCUGCGGGCAAGAAGUACCGCGGCCUGAGAACCAAGGGCAGCGGCGCCGCUCGUCUGCGCCCGUCCCGCCGCGCCUGCUGGAAGAAGAGACAGGCGCUCCGCCUCCGCAGAUACCGAUAA